UAAACUCUUCGACAUUUUCCUUCCUCACUGUAAACCCCCCUCCUCCCCAAAAAAAAUAUUUGCUUUUAAAUUUCGUUAUCAUUUUCGUUGUGUAAAUUGACUAGCCGAACGAUGAGGUGGCAUUAGUUGGCCAUAUAAAUUGAAAUAGAUCGCAGCAGUUCAGUCGAAUCUAAUUCAAACAUUCAGCUAAAAACUAAUAGAAAUUUAUUAUUGAAGAAAAUGAUAAAUUUUACCCGAAUUUGUUUGUUGAUGGUUUUGAUGUUCUGGACGACUGGGCCGACCGGUGCUGCGUUUUCCAUUGAAGAAGAAAUUCUACAAUUAAAGUUAAAAGUGGUCCAACUGGAGGCAAAAGAUGCGGAAAUGGAGGGAAAAGUUUCUGAAUUGGAGUUAAAAAACGUUAAAAUGGAAGAAAAAGUGACGCAACUUGAGACGAGAAAUGGACAACUUGAAACUAAAGUUAAGGAUCAAGAAAAAAUGUUGACCCAGUUAAAAGCGUCUGAACUUCCAAUUUCAGUCACUGGAUUAAAAUCAAUUUUCAACAAUGUUGAAAAUGCAAUUGAAUCAACUGGAAGGAGUGGAAUCCCGAGGACAUGUAGAGAACUUCGUGCGGAUAAUCCGUCACUUCCAUCCGGAAUGCACUGGAUUGACCCGGACGGCCAAGGUGUCGGUGAUGACCCAAUUUACGUUUACUGCAAUAUGGCAUCAGGAUCGACUUCAAUUUUACACGACAGUGAAACUGCCAUUGACGUGGGUCACUGCGCCGAUCCUGGAUGUUAUUCCAGGGCAAUCAACUACAACGCGUCCAUGAAACAGAUGGAAUCGUUAAUCGCGUUAUCAUCUGAAUGUCAUCAGUUCAUCAAAUACGAUUGUAUCUGCGCCUCGUUCGAAUACGACAACACCCAAUACGCCUGGUGGAACGACAGGGACGGCAAUGCGCAAUACUUUUGGGCAGGAAAUAAAACGAACGGAAUUCACACCUGCCAGUGUGGAAUUGAUAAAAACUGUGUUGAUUCUUCGUUGAAAUGCAAUUGCGACCAGGCAUCACAAGAUGAAUUAGUCGAUGAAGGUCUCAUAACGGACAAAAAUGUUUUGCCCGUCAUUCGCCUUAAUUUUGGUCGAACUCAAUUUGGAGGUGGAAUCCACACGCUGGGACAAUUGGAGUGCAGUGGAUCAAUCGCCGUCAAUGGAUUGCCCACGUCAUGUGAAGAUCUCUGGCGGAUCGGCCACAGUCUAAACGGAUUAUAUUUCGUCAUGGAAGACGAAUUAGUAAAAAAUGUUUACUGCAAUUUCACCAAAUUUUUUAGUGAAGCAGGUUUCGAAAGUUUAAUCGGAUACUCAGAAGUAAAAAACAAACCAACAUAUUUCGGUAUGCCGACAUCUUGUGACGAUUUGGAGAGAGCGGGACACAUCUCGAGUGGAUUUUAUUCCAUCAAAGGAUCAGCAAUGAUCGAAUCGGUUUUCUGCAAUUUUACUAAACUCCCCGGUGAUGAGGGAUUUGAAAAAUGGAUUGGAUACGCCGACGUCAAAUCGGCGCCCGUCCAUUUCUACGUCCAGAGAAAUUCUAAUUUUGGCACAAAAUUCACUCCGAUUACAUUCGAUUUGGCGCGGGUGAACGAGGGAAAUGCCAUGAAUUUGGCAUCGGGGAAAUUCGCGGCACCACGACCGGGAACUUAUUUUUUCUCUUUCGCGGGACAGGCUCAUCUUGAAUCUAAAGAUGAUGUUUAUUUUUAUUCUCAUCUUUAUUUGAACGGGAAUCGAAUCGGGUCGAGUUCUGUUGAAGAGAAUAAGGAUCCCGUUAAGCAAUAUAAUACGUUGUCCCUCCAGUCGACGCUGAACUUGAAAAAAGGCGAUCAAGUCUGGGUGACGAUUGAUUAUACUGGUUCCUCGUAUUUGCGUGACGACGGUAAUCACUUGACCCAUUUCACGGGUUUCAUGUUGGAGGAGGAAAUUGGGGCGUCACUUUGAGGUUCAACUUCAUCGGCGACAAGAAACAUUUUCGACCCAAACAUUUUUUUUAUGUCGACACGCAAUUUUCGGGAAGGGAAUUUAAAGGGAAGAUAAUGCAUUCGACUCUAAUUCAUUUAGGGGUAGGAAUUUCUGUACCAAAAUUUGUCAAUGGAUGCAAUUACAUUUACCUAAUACACAAACCGAUUCAA